AUGUCGCUCUGCAGCAUGGAACCCUCGGUCAAGGGCUUCCUCCUGCGUCGGCGCGCCAUCAUCGGCCUGCUUGGCCUCCUGCUCAGCAUUUGGACGGUCCGAUGGCUGAUGCCAAAUGACGGAAGGCCGUUUUGGAUGAGUGAGGAUGCACACAUCCCCAGCAGCAGCACCACCAGCAGCAGCAGCAGCAGCAGCAACAACAAAGAAACCAUGGACGGCAAACAACACACCGCACAGGCGUCAUCUCGGCCGUCAGCUGUCGCCCACCAAAACCCUGACUACCGCGUGGACCUGUCAGACCCGGAUGCACCCUACAUAGGCUGGCCACUGAAGAGGUUGUGUGAGGAGGUCGAGCCCGUGGAGGGCGUGGUAUGGGUCUGCGACAAGAACUGGGGCGGCAUGGGCAACAUCCGGAAUUUCAUACUCAACUGCCUGAGAUACGGAAUCGAAGCGGGUGCCACAGGGCUGGUCAUGCCCGAGAUACACCUGCGCGAUGAGGAGGACAUCACCGACUACAUCACGCCCCUCAAGGCGCCCCUGGGCUACAUGUUCGAUGAGGCACACUUCCGCACCGCGAUGGGCGACAACUGCCCGCACAUCACGCUCUACAACUCGACGCGCGACGUGCCUUACUUUGACGCUAAUGCCACUACCACCGCCACCGGCGAGCUGGCCAUCCCCGAGGUGGACCCGCGCUCGCUCGUACACACGCCGCAGAAGUGCGACGCCGCGGAGCCAGACCGCCACGUCGACCGCUUCGGCGAGAGAUUCCGCGCCUACAUGCGCACCGGUACUACUAACGGCACAACAGGUGUGACGACGCUGUUGCAGCCCCCGUCACCUACCACGCCCCGGCUGUUCCGCAUGGUCGACAAGGACAGGCGGCCCGCGCUGCCGGUCAUGUGGGCCUGGCCUGUGCACCGCGACGGGGCCGAGCUCGCAAACACCUUCGGCAUGCUACUCAAGUUCAACCCGCGGCUUAUGAGGCUGGGGAAGCGGGCGCUGGAGGGGAUGCACGAGUUCUCGAGGACGAUCGGAGACGAGGAAGAGGAAUUCGUCAAGCGUGGCGGCCGCGACGACGACGACGGCCGAGAGGGCAAGUUUCUGGGCGUGCACCUGCGCUCCGAGAUCGACGCCGAGAAGUUCUGGCCGACGUACGCGGAGCAGCGGGAGGCGUACCUGCGCAAGGCGGCCGAGAAGAGCCUGACCUCUGUCGCGUACGUGGCGUGCGGCGACGCGGGCCAGAUCGCGAGGUUCGGGCGCGACGCGCAGGCGCAGCUGGGCAUGACGGUCGUCAGCAAGACGGACGUGCUGGCCGGGGCGGACCUGGCGGAGCUGGAGAGCCUGACGUGGGACCAGCAGGCGAUCGUGGACUUCAUCGUGCUGGCGGGGAGCGACUACUUCGUGGGCAACUCGCGGAGCAGCUUCUCGAUAUUCCUGGCGCAGAGGCGGCACCUGCAGACGGACGGGCUGUACACGCGGCAGUACAAGGUGCGCUCCGAAGGGUUCGGGCGGAGCUUUGUCGUCGGGCCCAAGGAGCUCUAUUUUGAUCACUGGCUGUUUAUCUGGGAUGCUGCAUGGCCUUGA